CGGUUCGUGCGCGGUUUUAGUGGCACGCGCCGACUGCAGGUAAAAUAGCACAGUGUCGCGUGCUUCUUCUCACGUUAAAAGUUGUCACAUUUGUUCCACCCGUGUUUUAGAGUUAGGAAACACUUUUAGUUACAUUUUCACCACAGUGCCUGUUCCGGGGUCCAGGUAGUUUAUCUCACCUGUAGGUCACUUCUCAUUCAUUAUGGCCACGCGCGUUCGACCGAGUAAUAAACGCUGUGCAGUCAUCGGGGGGUCUGGUUUCUUGGGCAGACACCUGGUGGAGAAGCUGUUGGAUCGAGGCUACUCUGUCUCUGUGUUCGACAUCCGUCAGAGCUACGAGCUGCCUGGUGUCACCUUCCACCAGGGAGACCUCUGCGACAAACAGGCUCUGCUGCCAGCUCUGAAGGACGUGUCCCUGGUCUUCCACUGCGCUUCCCCGGCCCCUGCCAGCGAUGACCGUAGGCUGUUUGAGAGGGUCAACAUCCAGGGCACACGCACCGUUAUUCAGGCCUGCAUUGAGGUCGGAGUACAGAAACUGGUCCUGACAAGUAGUGCCAGUGUUGUGUUUGAAGGGACAGACAUUAAAAAUGGGAGAGAGGAUCUACCGUACGCCAAGAAGCCCAUCGACUAUUACACAGAGACCAAGAUUGAGCAAGAAAAGUUGGUCCUCGAGGCUUGUCACAAGGAGAAGGGUUUCCUCACAGUUGCCAUCCGGCCUCAUGGUAUCUUUGGCCCUCGGGACCCACAGCUGGUUCCUAUCCUUGUGGAUACAGCUCGCAGGGGCAAAAUGAAGUUCAUCAUUGGCGAUGGGACCAAUCUGGUGGAUUUCACAUUUGUGGAGAAUGUAGUUCAUGGCCAUAUCCUGGCUGCUGAAUGCCUGAGGUCAGACUCCCCCACAUGUGGAAAAGCAUACCACAUCACCAAUGACGAGCCAAUUAGAUUCUGGGACUUCAUGUCUGAAGUGUUGGUGGGUCUGGGAUACGCUGCUCCCCGCUACCACCUCCCCUACACUCUUGUUUACGGAUUGGCCCUGCUCCUCUGGCUGCUGGCCCUGAUCCUGCGCCCUCUAGUGUCCUUUAAACCAACCUUUACACCAAUGAGAGUGGCCCUGGCUGGAACCCACCACUACUAUUGCUGUGACCGUGCCAAGCAGGACCUGGGCUACAAACCAAUAGUCAGUCUGAAGGAGGGGGUAGCACGCACAGUGCAGAGCUACCCUCAUCUCAGACAAGGUGCUUGAUGGCAGAAUGGAGGUGGAGACUGUUGUGACAUGCAAGCCUGUGGGCGUUAGUACAGUUACACUCACAAUGAGAAUGAGAUUAUCAGCGCGCACUGAAUGGACAAUUCAAAAUGAACAGUUUAUCUUUAUCCAAACCCCAGAAUGUGUAGCAUUUGUGUGCCUUUUCAACGUUUAUGUACCAUUUUCACCAGCAGAUGGCAGCAGAUGAUCCUGGUUUCGGUCAACACACUGCAGUCUGCUAUUAUAAAAGUUUUAAAGCACUUAGUAAAUGUUAAAAGCACCGUUUAUGACAACUUACAUAUACUGACACUUAUACUGUGAAAACUGCAAAGAUGUACACACAUUGAGAUGCUGCUGUUUAUGUCAAAAUGCCUUAAUACAUUCUUCUAAACAACAA